CGCGCGCGCGCGCGUGUGUGCACUCCUGCUCAUGGACCUCUAGGGUAGCUCGGCAGGGCGGGGACGCCCAUGGGGACGCCCAUGGUGCCGCGGUGUCGGGUUGUGCAGGGGUCUGCAGGAGCACGGUGCAGUGCUGUGCAUGCAGCCUGGGCAGCGCGCAGCUACCGCCGCAGGGUGGAGUGUGGGCGCGUGCAGCGGGCAGUGUAUGUACGUGUGCGCGCACCUGCCAUCUCCCGCUGCCCCCUAGGUGACAGCUGUCCUGUGGGCUGCUGUGUUCAUGCUGCCCUUCCCACCCUGUGCCUCGUUUCUUCUGGGAGCCCGGGGCCCACCUUUCCUUUCCCUGGCUCUGGGCCAAGCUGCUACCCUGCAGCCAGAUCCGCCUCGGGGUUCCUCGAAAGCCCAGAGGGCGGGUAGGGACCCUGGAGGAGCUCCACCCCGCUGAUCCCUGCUAGACUGGACUCGGGAAAGGAAGGAGGGGACAGAUGCAUCCGAGGAGGCUGCCACAGCCGCAGUGGGAGAGCCAAGUACGGACCUGCUAUUCCUGUCUCCCAUUCUCCAGCCUCUCCUCCCCCUUUCCCUUGGAACACCCUGGUCUUCCCAUGGUCUUCUCCAAGGCAGGCUCCCUAUUCCUCACAACUCCCCACACUCUCUCACUCACCCAGCCUGGUGGUGUCUCCUUCCUCCUCCCACUCUCCUGAUGGCUCCUCCGGGGAGUGACCACUGCUCCCCAGGAGUCCCCUUCUGCUCCUCCCCAAACAGGGAGCGGAGCUGGACCUGCCUCUGGAAGGGCCAUGCGCAGCACCACACUCCUGGCCCUGUUGGCCCUCGUGCUGCUUUACUUGGUAUCUGGGGCUCUAGUGUUCCAGGCUCUGGAGCAGCCGCAUGAGCAGCAGGUGCAGAAGGAGCUGGAGGAUGGCCGGGACCAGUUUCUGAAGGAGCAUCCAUGUGUGAGCCCGAAGACCCUGGAGGGGCUCAUCAAGCUCGUGGCUGACACCCUGGGAGGGGGUGCAAACCCAGAAACCAGUUGGACCAAUAGCAGCAACUACUCAUCAACUUGGAACCUGGGCAGAGCCUUCUUUUUCUCGGGGACCAUCAUCACUACCAUCGGCUAUGGCAAUACAGCCUUACACACAAAUGCCGGGCGUCUCUUUUGCAUCUUCUAUGCACUGGUGGGGAUCCCGCUGUUCGGGAUGCUGCUGGCGGGAGUCGGGGACCGGCUGGGCUCUUCUCUGCGCCGGGGCAUCGGUCACAUCGAAGCAAUCUUCUUGAAGUGGCACGUGCCGCCAGGGGUGGUGAGGAUCCUGUCUGCGGUGCUCUUCCUGCUGAUUGGCUGCCUGCUCUUUGUCCUCGCUCCCACCUUCGUGUUCUCCUAUAUGGAGAGCUGGAGCAAGCUGGAAGCCAUCUACUUUGUCAUAGUGACACUCACCACCGUGGGCUUUGGCGAUUUUGUGCCCGGUGAUGGCACCAGUCAGGACUCUCCAGCCUAUCAGCCCCUGGUGUGGUUCUGGAUCUUGUUUGGCCUAGCCUACUUCGCCUCCGUGCUCACCACCAUCGGUAACUGGCUGCGAGCGGUGUCCCGCCGCACGCGGGCAGAGAUGGGUGGCCUCACGGCGCAGGCUGCUAGCUGGACCGGCACAGUGACAGCACGAGUUACACAGCUAGCCGGGUCCAGCACCCCACCGCCAGAGAAGGAGCAAGCCCUCUUGCCCUCCUCUCUGCCCGCACCGCCUGGAAUUGUAGAGUCAGCCCCCAGACCAGGAUCCCCAGCUCCCCCAGAGAAGGUCGAGACGCCUUCCCCGCCCACUGCCUCAGCUCUGGAUUACCCCAGUGAGAAUCUGGCCUUUAUCGAUGAAUCCUCAGACACGCAGAGUGAGCGCGGCUGCGCCCUGCCUCGUGCGCCCCGGGGUCGUCGCCGUCCCAACCCCCCCAGGAAGCCCGCUAGACCCCGGGGUCCUGCGCGUCUCCGAGACAAGGCCGUUCCGGUGUAGGGGCAGGAUCUCUGGCCGGGACCGCGCCGCCCCGCCAGGGGCUUCGUUCUUGCUUGAUGCUCAGGCAUGCCUGGCUUAUUUGACCAAAGAGCCCUCUUUUGUUCCACGCGAUCGCAACCCUGCGAGGAGUCCAAGGGUUGCCAAAUGCCACCGCUCUUCCCCUGCUGGUUCCAGCCACUUCCAAAUCCCACCAUCCAAAACUUUCUAUCUCCUGCCCUGGCCGGGUUUGUCCCUCACACCUCAUAACUGUGCCUCAGAACCUGCAUCAAUAAAAGAAAACUGCACCACCGAGAGAGUGCUGCUGGG